AUGAACGACUUCCCAAAUAGUCAACACCGAACUAUCCUAAUUGAAAUCGGGCUCCAAAUCCCACUAAUUAACUCUACUCCUUACCCCAGAUGGAACUUUAACAAAGCUGCAUGGGAAAACUAUGCAAAUGAACUAAACAAAUGCAUCCGGUUUAUCCCACCUACACGUUCGAACUACAAUAGAUUUUUGGGACUCAUCACUGCUAUUGUUAAAAAACACAUGCCAAGAGUCUAUAGGAAAUUAUACGUCCCUGGCUGGAACGAACUAAGCGAAAACCUUUAUCGAGAAUAUAUGAACGGAAACAUAGAUGUGGCGGAAGAUCUUCUUAUCACCCUUGAUAAAUCCAGGAAGAAAAAAUGUAAUAAAACAAUGACAGCCCUUGAUUUCAGACACUCUAGUAGGGAAGCAUGGAGCCUACUCAAGAAAUUGGGAGGUAAACAACACACUAGACGAAAGGAUACAUCAAUCUCACCUAACCAAGUUGCUAACCACAUAGUAAACGUAUCGAGAAUGCCUUCGAGCAAGAGACACACAACUCAGAUAAGAAAACGCUUUACUGACUUUAAAAAACAAUGCACCCAAAUCUACGAACUGUGUGCCCCUUACUCAGAAGCGGAAAUUACCACAGCUCUAAAGGACCUAAAACCUGGGAAGGCUGCAGGGCCAGAUGGGAUGCACCCAGAAUUUCUGAUAGCUAUGAUAGAUACGGAUUCUAUCAUUUUAGUGUAUAUGUGA